CGCACGACUUUGGGACCCGCCGACCGGAAGACAUGCUGAGGACCGUGUUGCUGCUGGUGGCCGUGGCGCAGGCGGCGCUGGGCGGCAGCCAGUUCGCCGUGAGGCUGCCCUUCCUGAACCCCGCCGGCGUCACCUACGUGAACGGGCCCGCCCCCGCCGGCCUGGCCGCCGGACCGGCCUACGGCUACGCCGCCACAGGCCCCGCCCUGGGCUAUGCCGCCACUGCUCCUGCACUGGGCUACGCCGCCACUGCUCCUGCACUGGGCUACGCCGCCACAGGCCCAGCCCUGGGCUACGCCGCGCACGCGCCCGCCCUGGGCUACGCCGCCGUGCCCACGGUGCACCACGUGCCGGGGGUCGCCGACGUGCCGGUGACUCGCGUGGAGGCGACGCCGGGCGUGGUGCAGAAGCUGGUGGACGUGCACAAGCCCGCCGUGCAGACGCGCCGCUUCGAGGUGCGCCGCCCCGCCAUCCAGAAGCAGUUCUACGACGUGGAGGAGCGCGUCGUGGUGCGCCCCGCCGGCUCGGCGCUGCUGGAGCUGGAGGAGCCGCUGUCCAAGACGCAGCGCGGCCCCGCCGUCGUCAGCCCCGCCGUCGCGCCGGCGCCGCUCGCGUACGCCGCCCCCGGCGGAUACCUCGCCGCCGCCCCCGGCGGAUACCUCGCCGCCGCCCACGGAGGCUACCUCGCCGCCGCCCCAUCCCCCGCGCCCGUGUUCGUGUCCACCACCCCUGCCCCGGCCUUCGACUACCCGUCCCCGACACCCGCCCCCAGCGGCCCGCCCGCCUUCGACGACCAGGGCUCCGACGACACCGUCGUGAUCGACUCCGAGUUCGCCGCCCGCUCCAGGGCCCAGAGCGAGAACCAGGCCCAGGCACAGGCGCAGGCCCAAGAACAGGCGCAGGCACAGGUACAGGCCAGGUACCAGGCACAGGCACAGGCACAGGCCCAAGAACAGGCGCAGGCACAGGUACAGGCCAGGUUCCAGGCGCAGGCGCAGGCACAGGCCCAAGAACAGGCGCAGGCACAGGCCAGGUUCCAGGCGCAGGCCGAGGCCGACGCCCAGGCCAGGUACCAGUCGACGCCCGCCCCCAGCGCCGCGCCGGCGCCGCGCCUCCUCCCCUCGCCCACCCCCGCCCUGCAGCUGCGCUCCGGCGCCGCCGCCUACGAGGGCCUGAUCCCGGCCGCGCGCGCCUCGGGAGACGUGGUGCCCAGCCUGCGCGACCACCUGCCGCACGAGGUGUCGCAGGCCAACCAGCAGCGCCUGAUCCAGCUGCUGACGGCGCGCGACGGCAUCGCCGAGGUGGGCUUCGGCCGCUCCGGCCCCGCGGGCGCGCCCGUGGGCGACGCAGGCCUGACGCGCGCGCGCGUGCUGUCCGCCACUCCCGCCCCCCUGGGCGCCGCCCCCGCCGGAGAGCGCGUGCAGACCCGCCGCGUGGUCGUCAGCCGCCCCAUCGAGACGGUGCAGGAGUUCGAUGUGGUGGAGCCCGUCACCAAGCUGGAGCGCGUGGCCGUGCAGCACCCCACCUUGUUCAAGACCCUGAGGCACGAGGUGGCUCGCGUGCCCGCGUCCUACCCCGUGCUGGGAAAGGCCUUCGCCCCGGCCUUCGCCCCCGCCGUCGGCUACUACCACUGAGCUCCUCUGUCCCUCGUCGCCAGAGCCCUUCGCCCUCACCGUCUCUGCGACCUUUUCUCAACACGUCCGUGUACACUCACUACUCUCAACGUAAUAACAAAUAUAUAUAAAAGAACGAUUAAAAAUAUACGUUAGGCCACAGUUAGUUCGAACACCAGUUUUGGGAAAGCACUAAUAUGUUUUUUUUUUUUCCCCCGAAAGCGAAUUUAUUUCUUUAGCAAGGCAAAACCAAAACUGGAGCCCAAUUAUAAAAUUAAUCUUGAUUCAGCCAAAGUUUCUUUGCAGGAGUACUUUCUGUUUUGGCCACUCUGGGGUGACGCUAAGGGAUGGUGACUCAUCGGGAAAGUUUCCGUUGAGUGUUCACUAAGCUUUAAACAGAAAAAAAAAGUAGAGAGUCGACUUCAAAAAUAAACGUUUUCACUUUCCCGAGAUUAAAGUAUUGUCUUGCGCUUUCCGUUAUUUUUUUCAAAUUAUUUUGAAAAAUAAACAUUCCAGUAACCUUUGUACAUUUUUUUAUUUUUUCAAGUGCUAGAUAUGAAUAUGUAGUUCUACAUCACGUGAAUCAUUAAUUCUGAACUUAAAUUUGUGGUUUUAAGUUCAGCUAAUUGACGAGUAGAGUAAACAUUAUAGAUUAAAACUCAACUUUUUUGCUACAGCACAACUACUACAGUAAUAAACUAUUUUCGUUCUGUAGCGUAUAGGCCUUUGGCAUUGAUUGGUUCAUGCGGAACCAUAUUGGUGUCACAGUUCUGGCUGCUAAUUCAUCCCCAGGGUUUAACCUAUACUCUAAAACAUAUUCCUACUUUACAUUCCUACACACCACGCUUGGCUUUAGUUUAUUUUUGAUAAUAACAGUUUCAACCUUUAUUCCAUUUUAUUUUUAAAAUAUCGUACUUUUGUUAACAUCUCGAGUAACUUGAAGUCUCCCCUUAUAUCAUCAAUUAUUUGCAGGAUCAAUACGUGUUGGAAUUAAUAUUGAGAAUGUUAUAAAAUUUAAUAAUUCACUGUACUAACAGAAAUAUCGUUUGAAAUUCCGACAUCCUAUGUUUUGUGUGCUACACACUGAAAAGAAUCCUUAAUCGUUUUUUAAAAAGUUUAUUUUUAUUAAAUAUUAUUUAAAUUUGAAAAAUCUGUUAAACAUUUUUUAAAUUAAUAUUUUUUGUGUGCGUAUACUUGAUUCCACAUGUGUUAUUUUGUUUGAUAUUAAUAAGAAAUUGAAAAUUUAUUAAAAAUAUAAUCUAUAUUGGGUCAAAACAAAAUGAAUUAUUUUAAUAUAUCAAAUAAAAGUUCUAAUAUUUCAAAGUGACUAUGUGUUGAAGAGAUUUUCAUCUUGCAUUUAAUUAAAAAUGUGAGAGUUUGUACUGAUUUGGGACUGAAAUGUAACUGAAAAAAUGCUUAAGAAGUGGUAAUGUCAUACAGUACCAUCAUCUUGCCAUCCAAUACUCUGCAUGUACAUUUUGGUUGUACAUAGUGUGAAUGUUAAAACUGUACAGAAAAUUUACAAAAAUGCUUUUUAUAUUUAUACAAAAAAUAAAUUUUAUGUGCAAAAAAGUGUUUUAUUUCCUGCCGACGAAGUAUCUGAAUAAAUAUUUCCAGGGUAUUAUCCUACGUUACACAUUUUCAAAGACUGGAGAAUGUGGUAUAGGAUAUAACUUGGCUUCAAUGUUUGAGUUGAACAACAGAAAUCGUCAACUUUAUUUCACCAACUGAAGAAUUGACAUGCAAACGGUGAUGUAACAUAAUUAUCAGAGGAAAAUCUAUACUUAGUAAUAAACGUUUCCAAAUAA